UUGCAUGCAGAUUUCAGGCUCUGACCGAGCUCAUAAGAAUCUUUAAAUUCCAAUCUGAUGGAGGAUUAGCUGGGAGACCGUUUACAAAGCUGCAUUUUUUAAAGGAUCUCUGGUUUACUGUGCAUGUCUCCUGGAACCAAACCUCUCCGUGGGCAAUAUCCAUAUUUGCAAAUGAAGACAUUUUGUGAGCAGAUGCGCACGCCCUGAGAAUGGCUCCACUCUUACAGGAUAUUGUGGGAGCCAAGAGCGAUGAUCUUAAUGAUGAGAGAGCUUUAAUCUUUGUUUGGGGAGGGUCAGCUGCCGCAGCUACUUUCCUCUUCGUCACCAUCCUCCUCUUCCUCUGCUCCAGCUGUGACAGAGAGAGAAAACCAAAACAUCAAAAUGGGGAUCAUGAAAAUCUGAUGAAUGCGCCAUCAGAUAAAGAGACAUUCAGUCACUCUAUCACCAGUCUGGGCACAGAGCCACCUGCCAGUUACCGAAAUGGUGCAGUUAGUAAUGGUGAUGUUUCAGAAGGUAGCACAGCUACCUGUGUUCAGCCCUAUGAAGAUGUUCAGAGCUCUCUCCCUGACCUUUGUGAUCCGCAGGACUAUACAGGAAAAUCCUCAAGAUGCCAUCAAAGCAGGGAGCUACCACGAAUCCCUCCUAACAGUAGUAUAGAUUCCAUCCUUUCUGCAGAAGGUAUAGAAAACGAUGUUCCUCAUACAAAUGAAGGACCAUAUGAAGUUCUAAAGGAGAGCUCCUCCCAUGAAAAUAUCAUUGAAGAUUGCCUAUAUGAAACAGUAAAAGAGAUAAAGGAUAUAGGUGCAUCAGUCAGCACAGAACAAAGGACAAUAGAUUAUGGUAUUAACCAUGCAGAACGUAAGAAAAAAGAGCCCAAAGUGGAAGCUGUAGAAUAUGCCUCUGUGGAUCACAAUAGAAAGAGCAGACAAAGCAUCAAUACACAAAGUGCAGCAAGCACUCCAACAUCUCAGGAUGAUGAUGAUAUCCCUCCUCCCCUGCCUAAGAAACUUCUAGAUGAGAAUGAAAAUGUGCAAAGCAAAGAAAUAAAUGGUGAAGCUGGAGUACAAGAGGAAAAUUUUGAGUGUGCAAGUGAAAAUGACAAGAGACAAAGUUCCUUAUCCUACAGAUCUCGAGAAGAAGAUCCCUGUCUUACAGAAGAGGAUAUCUCUGCAAUGUACUCCAGCGUGUCUAAAACCGGAGAGUCCCUGAGACUUCAAGAUGAUUUUUGUCAUUACUCUUACAUUCAAGAUGUUGGCGUUGACCUGUCGCCAUCUGCUUGCAACGGCACGUACGCCACCGUCCGAGAUAUUGACAAAAGCCCAAAUAUUAUUGGUUUGCCACAAUCCGUGGACCUAAUAAAUGGCGGACAAGAUCCCGAAUAUGAAGCUAUUGCAAACAUAAGUAGGGUGGAGGAGAGGACUAUAUCCUACUCAAAUUCUAAUCAAGCAGUUUUUCCUCACGGGGAGAGUGAUUAUGAAAGUAUUGGUGAUCUGCAACAAAAUGGAGAAAACACAAAACUUUAAAGUGUUAAUUUUUGGAAUUUUUCUUUUACAACUGAAAUAGCACAUGACUUCUAUUCUUGAGGAACUGAUUUUGUACAGAAAGCACACAUCCGCAUACAAGGCCUUCUGACCACAAAGAGGGACUCUUUCUUACAGGGCUAUUAUAUGCAUCUCGCUUAACAUAAAAGUGCUAUUUUUUUAUGUAAAUGGGAGCAUUGCCAAAAAAAGGGGAUGCUAAUGAACUGAUGCAGCUUUUACAUAGUUUUGUGUCUACUUUACACUUAGCAAUUUGAUUCAUAAAUUUGCUGUUCCAUAUAUGAAGGGAGUUGGUAUCAAAUUAAAGUGUUAAAAAACUAUGAUUAUUAUUAUUUCUAGGAAAUAAGAAAAAGAAAUUGGUUUGUAAGCAUUUCUAUAUUAAAUAUUGCCAUUUUAAAAAGAUCUGGUUGCUAAUACAGUGUUUGCAUUAAGUUUCACAAUUAAAGCGACAUAAAUAGCCAAAUUAAAGUUUUGUGAUUUAGAUAAUGUGAAAUUUAAAAUAAAAAGGAUCAAAUUUGCUUCAUUCUCUUGGUAUCCUUUGUUAAGGUACAUACCUAGAUAGGCUCAUAAGCAUGUUCGUAUUGUGAGCACUAUCUGGCAGCAGCAUAUAAUAUUGCUACAACCAUUGUUGGAAACACUGCUACUAUAUCGUGGUCAAUGCACAAGCAUGCUGUUGAGCCUACCUAGGUAUGCUGUUAAACAAAGAAUAUUAAGUCAAUCGAUAAUAGAAGUAAACUGGAUUUUUUUUUCAAUUGCAUGCUCUCUCUAAACCAUGAAGACUUUUAUGUCUCUUUAAUAUAGCCCUGAAAUUAUUUGAAAAGUAUUAUCAAACACCUGGUACAUACACAAUUCUAAUAUUCUAAAUUCUAUAAGACAGCCCCAUGCAUUUCCAGCUUAGUAUAGAAUCAUGUCAUAUACAUUUUAAAAAAAGACAAUGGGCAUAUUUCAUUCAUUAAAUAUUAUUUGCAACAGCACCACUUCAAUAUUAUGUAUUAUAAUACCUGAAUAAAGGGUCUUUUUUUAAUGAGGCAGUGCUGUUGCAAUUGAUAUUUGUCUACAAGUGAAGGGUGAGCAGGAAUCCAUUGGCAACGUUCACUCCUGAUUGGUAAUCAACAUAAAGGAAACUAGGUACUGUGCUCAUUAUCUUUUGUGUUUUAUAUUUCAUUAAUAUACAUUUACAUUCUUCUGCAAGCCUGAUGUUUUGGUGAAUGAAUCUUGGCUUUCAAAUAAAAUAAAUAUUUUUUUUAAUAUAUUUUUGUCCUUAUGUUAUAUCUGCUGAAAGGCACAUACAGUUUUUUUUAUUUUUUAUUAUUUCAUUCUAUAUCACCGUGCCAACAGAUAUAACAAAAAUGUUAUAUUUUGAAGAUUUAUGGUGUAUUUUAAUUUUCUUGCUUUUUUUAGGGAAGUUCAAAUCAUAAAGCCAAUCUUAUUGUAUGAUGUACAAAUUUGUUUUGCAAAUGGUGUUAAGACAUCUGUGACUAUAAUAAAUAGGGAUCUCCUGAAAUAAAA